CAGAAGGACUAAAUUCACAGCCCUGUUGCCCGGUCUUUGGUGAAUCUCCACGUGAGGUCCUCUGCGGGGCGGUACUGAGGACUCCCCAUUCUCUCCGCAGCUCUAGUCACACCAGUCCGGUGCCGCACCUCAGGAAGGAACCAUGGCAAAGGCUGCAGCCACCGGACGCAAUCUUUCCCUAGUUCUGCGCCUUUUCGUUCUGCUGAGCUGUCCGGGAUCAUCUGUGCAGCACCAUAAACACUCUGUUACUUGUGACGGCAUUGUCAAGGCUGAUACCACAUCUGGGCAGACCUGGUGUGAAGGGCAGUGCUCAGUGGAUGGAGAGCCUUUACUUCAAUAUAAUGAUAGCAAAUUCGUACCUUUGGGAGACCUGGGAAAUUCAGCCAAUGGGACUAAAGUAUGGACAGAUAUGAUCCAAAAGCUGGAAUACUUGUGGAAAGAGCUCAGGACGAUGUUGGCUCACACUAAAAAAGAGAUUACCAAGAUUAAUGGUCAGCCCACUUUACAGGUCACCAUGCUUUCUCAGUAUGAACACGGACAAAUUGUUGGUGCCUCCUGGACAUUUAACAUCAGUGGAAAGUACUCCUUCAUCUUCAACAUAAUGAAUGGGAAUUGUACACUGAUUGAUGGUGAAACUGAUGUUAUCAUGAAGACAUGGAAGAAUGAUGAACUAUUCAUAAAAGAUCUCAAGAUAAUCUCCACAGUAGAUUUCAGGGACUGGCUCAAGAAACUCUUAAAGCACCAGAAGGAAAAGCCAACUGCUGCUCCAGAUGUGGUCCAGCCUUCGUCCAUAGCCAUCAAGACCAACAUCUCUGUCCUGCUGAUAAUUCUCACGUGCUUGCUCCUGAGUCUGCUUCUCUGAAGAGAAUACUUGGUUGAAGAUGCUCCAGAGAAGAUGCACCAGAGUUCAUCUGGUGCCACCACUCUCCCUUUCCAUCAGCCUCCACCAGAUGAAUCAUGAUGCUGCGGACACAGCAUUUCAUGGUCUUCACUCUGUGUAGUUGCUUGGGCC